ACACGGAAGUGCCUUCAGCAGGACAUAAGAAGAAGAAGAACACCACCCGGUGAGCUUCACCUUCCUCCUCCGUCCUGCUCCGGUACCGGUCAGUUUAAGCCCACGCGGACCCCCCCCCACCCCGGCGCCCAGAGACCACGCGAUGGACAAAGGUGUUUUUCUCACGGUGACGGUGACGUUGAGCCUCUUCACGCUCGGGACGCAGGUAACGUGCAGCUCCCCCGGGCUGAGGAGAGUCACGAGGGCACAGGUUCUGGGUUUCGACUGGAAGAACUGCGGCCAGCCAGAUGAUCCAGCUGUUCUCAAGACCCUGGCCCUGUCUCCAGACCCGAUCUCCAUCCCCGGAGACCUGACGGCCUCCGCCUCUGGAUCCACAUCCGUAGAGCUGUCUGCCCCCCUGGCUGUGAGUACUCUAAGGACUCUCCCCCCCCAGGGAUCGUACUCUCUGCCCCAGUCGGACUUCUACCUGCCCAACAUGGACCUGCCCUACUGGCUGACCAACGGGGACUACCGUCUGCAGGGGGUCCUGGGCAGCCGGGGCAAAGAGCUGGGCUGCCUCAAGCUGUCCCUCUCCAUUCACUCCCACUGAAGGAGGUCUUACGUGGUCCACUAUUUGCACUU